GACAGGGAGUUAGAAGCUCCGACUCAGUACCAUUUCAGACAAGCAUGGUAGCAUGAUGUUCCUCGCCACCGCCCCAUCACCAAAGAUCCCAUUCACCCACAAGACCACAACUAUACCUUUUGCAUUCUUCUUCACUAACACUAGCCGGACAGCCCGUACCGCUUCCCUGCAACGAGAACAACCACCAAAACAUGAACCCGAUCAAGCACCAGAAGACCGUUACAGCAUCAGCAACAGGUCAUACUGGACCAAAAAGAUUCACAUACUCUGUGCUGAAGACCGCAAUGUCGACGAGGCGCUCCGCCUUCUGGACCGUCUCAGUCUCCGCGGGUACUGCCAGGACUCCCUCAACCUCAGCAGCAUAAUUCACGCACUAUGCGACUCCAACCGCUUUGCCGAAGCCCAUCACCGACUUCUACUCUCCAUAGCUUCUCACUGCGUCCCCGACGAGCGCACCUGCAAUGUUCUUAUUGCCAGGUUACUUGAUUCUCGAACCCCAUAUAGAACAUUGCAUGUUGUUCGCUGUUUGUUUGACGUUAAGCCUGAAUUUGUACCAUCUUUGGUUAUUUAUAACCGUUUGAUGAAUCAGCUUUGCUCGUUUUCACGACCCAGUGAAGCUCACAGGUUGUUUUUCGAUAUGAAGAGUAGGGGGCAUUGUCCAAAUAUUGUUUCUUAUACUACCUUGAUUAAUGGUUAUUGUAAAAUUGGUGAAGUGGAUAAUGCCCAGAAGGUGUUUGGUGAAAUGGGUGAGAAUGGGGUAGUACAGAACUCCCUGACAUAUAGUGUAUUGAUUCGUGGUGUUCUUCGGAGGCGGGACAUUGAUCGUGGGAGGGAAUUGACGUGCAAACUUUGGGAGAAGAUGAGGGAUGAAGAGGACCUGUCCGUGAGAAAUGCAGCUUUUGCGAAUCUUGUUGAUUCUUUGUGUAAAGAAGGGCUUUUUCACGAAUUGUUUAGGAUCACGGAAGAUAUGCCUCAAGGGAAGAGUGUGUCUGAGGAAUUUGUUUACAGUCAGAUGAUAGAUUCACUUUGUAAAGUUGGAAGACAUCAUGUGGCCGCAAGGAUUGUUUACAUAAUGAGGAAAAGGGGGUUUCUUCCAAGUUUAGUAUCAUACAACUCUAUUAUACAUGGCCUUUGCAAGGACGGAGGUUGUGUGAGGGCUUAUCAGUUGUUAGAGGAAGGAAUUCAAUUUGGGUACUUACCAUCUGAGUAUACAUAUAAGAUUCUAGUAGAAGCCCUUUGCAAAGAGUCGGAGCUCCACAAGGCAAGGAAUAUUCUGAAACAUAUGCUGAAUAAGGAAGGUGUGAACAGAACCAGAAUGUUCAACAUAUAUUUAAGGGCGCUUUGUCUUAUGAAUAACCCAACUGAGCUUUUGAAUGUGCUGGUUUUUAUGCUUCAGAACCAGUGUCAGCCAGAUGUAGUAACCUUGAACACGGCAAUAAAUGGGUUGUGCAAGAUGGAGAGGAUUGAAGAGGCUUUGAAGGUAUUAAAUGAUAUGAUAAAUGGCAAAUUUUGUGCCCCAGAUUCUGUGACCUUCACUACUGUCAUAUGUGGUUUAUUAAACGUUGGAAGAACCCAAGAGGCAUUUAAUAUUUUGAAUCACAUAAUGCCGGAACAUGGUGUUAGGCCUGGUGUUGUGACAUAUAAUGCACUUCUACGAGGCUUGUUCAAACUUCAGCAAGCAAAUGAGGCAAUGGAAGUUUUUAAUAGCAUGCUGAGUGAUGGUGUCACUGCGGACAGUACCACUCACACUAUAAUAAUUGAUGGAUUAUGUGAGACUAGACAAAUAGAAGAGGCUCAGAGGUUUUGGGAUGAUGUAAUAUGGCCUUCAAAGAUUCAUGACAAUUUUGUAUACGCGGCCCUUAUCAAAGGGCUUUGCCGCUCAGGCAAAUUGAAUGAAGCUUGUCACUUCCUAUAUGAACUGGUAGAUUCUGGGGUCGCUCCAAAUAUUUUCAACUAUAAUAUUUUGAUUGACAGUGCAUGCAAGUUAGGGUUAAAGAGAGAAGCUUAUCAGACUGUUGGAGAGAUGAGAAGGAAUGGGCUGGUCCCAGAUGCUGUAACCUGGAGGAUUCUUGACAAAUUACAUGGUAAUGUGAGAGGGCAAUUCUCUAUUGAGGAUGCAAUUCUGCAAUCCAGAGGUGGGUCACAGGAUAUAGAAAUGGAAGAAAAACUUAGAAUGUGAAGCAAAUCCGACUUGGAUUCAAGUAGCUACAAGAAGACAGAAACUAUAUGAUCCUGUUAAGGGGAUCCAUAUAUCCAUUAAGAUGAAUCUUAAUUUUAACUUUGUGACAGAAAGUAACAUCUUCUGAAGCGGUUUAGAAAAUACAGAAGUGACAGAGCUGACCCCAAGACAGGAGAUAAUGCAAAGUUGAGACGCCUAAUUGGGCAGGUAUAGGGGACUACAAUUUUCCUUAACAAUUAUUGUAAUCUGAAGGAUGUCAAUAAAACUCAUGUUACAAAUUAACAGAGAAGUUCUUUGAAACAUCAAGAUAGUCCAGACAGAAAGUGUUUGUUAUCCUAGAGUUUAAUUUCAAUGGGUUAGUAACUUCAUUGCUGCAGGUUGUGUAAAGAGACAGAUAAAAGUUGCAAUCAAUCCACACAUUCUGGAUUCUGUAUAAAUUACUUGCAGUAUACAAGACCAUCCUUUAAAAUUUUCUGGUCAAUUAUUGAGAUUGCUUUGUCAUUUAGGUUCAGAGAAGCUAUGAACUGGUUGUUUCCCUGAACUAAAAUCAAACUUGUUGCCAAACUGUAAUCUUAUACGUACUUCAUCUCCAAGAAAUUGGUCAGCUCGUUUAUGAAGACCUUUUAGUUUAUACAAAAGAAGUAAACCAUAGGUGUUGCAAAAAACCGGGAUGGGAAACAAAAUGGAAUGUACUGGAUUUUCUGCACAUGCAAACAUCAAACCAGAGACAAAAGCAGGGCUCAACAAAUAGAAAGUAUCAUGGCAGAACUGCUGGUCUUUUGGUGUCCUGCUGUUGCCUUGGCUCCAACAUCUGUUUGCCACAUUCUUCGUCUUUUUUUAAACUCUCUAAACCUUUUUACUUUCUUGAUUACAUACGUUUUAGCUAUCCACUUUUAGCUCCAACCUUUUUACAUCUGUUUGCCACAGCUAUUUAGUUUUUUAAAGCACCCUUAGCAACUUCACCAUUUUAGCUAUUCAAUUUCACUAUUCCAUUUAAAUAUUAUUUGUCAAAGAUU